ACUGCAUUAAUAAAACACCUAUUUAAACCCGCGAUCGAUCGGCCAAGACCAGUCGCUGCCGGUUCGCCAAGCUACCCAACCAUGGAAAACGAAACUCCGAGCCUUGAAGCCAUUAUUAACAAUAAUCUUAACGGGCGCGACUUAGAGGAAUUCAAUAGAAUUUACUAUGGCAGGAAGAACAAUCUUGAAGUUAAACUUAAGGAAACUUCCUUAGCAGCAGCCAAAGAAGCGAACUUUGAAGUCGUUGCUUAUGAAUUCCCGGCGAAGAAGGAGCAAACUAGACCGCCAAGAAUUGUCAAAAUCGGCGUCAUCCAACAUUCUAUCGCUAUACCCACCGACCGUCCAAUCAAUGAGCAGAAGAGAGCCAUUUUAGACAAAGUCAAGAAGAUCAUCGAUGUAGCCGGUCAGGAGGGAGUGAACGUCAUCUGUUUCCAAGAGUUAUGGAACAUGCCCUUCGCAUUCUGUACCAGGGAGAAGCAGCCGUGGUGCGAAUUCGCCGAAUCUGCCGAAAAUGGUGAAACUACAAGGUUUUUGAGUGAACUUGCAGCUAAAUACGGCAUGGUUUUUGUAUCUUCCAUUUUGGAGAGAGACGAAAAGCAUUCUGAAAUAUUGUGGAACACAACAGUGGUAAUUAGCGAUUCUGGCAACGUUAUUGGCAAGCACAGGAAGAAUCAUAUCCCAAGGGUUGGAGAUUUCAACGAAUCGAACUACUAUAUGGAAGGAAACACUGGGCAUCCUGUGUUCGAGACGCGAUUUGGGAAGAUCGGAGUGAGUAUUUGUUUCGAUCGUCAUCACGUCCUUAAUUGGUUGAUGUUUGGGUUGAACGGAGCGGACAUUGUCUUCAACCCUUCAGCGACGAUCGCAGCAGAGGCUGGCAGUGAAUACAUGUGGGACAUCGAGGCCAGGAACGCUGCUAUCACGAAUUGCUAUUUCACGGCGGCGAUCAAUAGGGUUGGAUAUGAGCAUUUCCCUAAUGAGUUCACGUCUGCUGAUGGGAAGCCGGCUCAUAACGACUUAGGUUUAUUCUAUGGGUCGAGUUACAUUUGUGGUCCCGAUGGAAUGAGAUGUCCAGGGCUGUCUCGCACUCGGGACGGUCUUCUGAUUGGCGUUCUGGACUUGAACAUGAACAGACAGAUAAGGGAUCGUCGUUGCUACUAUAUGACGCAGCGGCUAGAUAUGUAUGUAAAUAGUCUGAGCAAGGUAUUGGACCUGGAUUACAAGCCACAGGUCAUCCGUGAGCACGAAAGCGAGAAGUGAAUCAUUGAAUUGUGUACCAACUCAAUCUGUGUGAUUUGUCCCUCAUCCUUAUAUAUAUAUUAACUGGAUUUAUUUUAUGAACGAUAUAUUUUAAGAAAGAGCAAUAAAAACGUUUAUUUCAA